AUGCAUCGGCUCAAAUCUCUGCGGCAGGCUACUAUUCGGGAAGGUGACCUUCCUGAUCGCAAUCUAUUAGCGGGGUGGAAUGCUCGCGCUCCGCCCAGGUUUCUAGAUCAUCAUCAGUGCAUCAGCAAUGUGCCUAGCGUCGAAGGAGAGGGUGACGUACCCCUUCUCCGCGUCAAGUUGUCUUGUGUUGUACAGCUCCUCUUCUUUCUGCGGUCUAAGGGCGGGAACCGGAGUAUUUUCCCAAACGCGACCGGCGCCGAUCGCGAUGAUAUGCUAGGGCAUUGGGGGAGCGCCUCGACGCCCGCACGCUAG